AUGAAUGACUUUGCCGUACACCGAAUGUACGCUGAAAAUGGCGAAUUCCAAGUGCUUUCACUACAGUACUUAGAUACAUCAUUUGCAUUCAAUAUCUUCCUACCUAAAAAGAGAUCUAAUCCUGAUGAGGGACGUUCAAAACUUACUGGGGAGCAGAUACAGAACCUGCUUUCAAAGUUAGAAAUGACUUACAUAUCGAUCACAAUUCCAAAAAUGAAAAUCGAGACGGAUUUCAAAUUGAAAGAAGCACUGAUAGCAAUGGGAGUAUCGGAAAUGUUCACCGAUAGCGCCGACUUGACCGGGAUCACUAAGGAACCUCCACUACAGGUUUCCGAUGCUGCUCACAAAGCCAUCAUUGAGGUUGACGAGGCCGGAACGACAGCAGCAGCUGCCACCGUCAUCGGGAUGGUAGGAGCGUCAGCUGUAAUGGAGGAACCAGUGACAUUCCAAGCAGAUCAUCCAUUUUUAUUUAUUCUUACCAAGGAUAACAAUCCGUUGUUCAUGGGUAGAUAUGUGUGA